AUGCCAUCGGUGGCAUUUGAGUUUUGGCCCGUCAAGUGCAUUUUCGUAGCGGCCGACGACUAUGCCCAAUGGAAUGGCCGUCUACAUGGUGCACUUGUGCUAGACGAUCCUGGAUCAAAACUCAUCUCCCAUGGUUAUGCCUGUCCUGCAACGGGUCACGAUGGGAUGGCCGCCGCCGUGCUUCGAGUAAGUUGGGCGCCGUUGAUCUCAAAUCCGUCUUACGCACUUCACCACGCGUCGAUCACUUACGUGCUUGGAAUCAUGUUAACUUCGAUGGGUGAUCCCCCAAGACCGCGCCACACUGCCGCCCAGAUCGUGCUAUCCUGUUUGGUCGCCGUGUGCGCAACGGAAACACAUUCGACAAUGCAGAUAAGAAAAGAACAUGACUGGGAACACAUAUGA